GUUUUCCUUAGGAGAUGCUCGCAGGCCACUCCAUGAAACUGCAAUACUGGUGGAAGACAUCGUCCACACUCAGCUGAUAAAUUUGUUGCAGCAAGCAGCUGAAGUUUCUCAGCUGCGAGGAGCUCGAGUCAUCUCUGCCGAAGAUCUCCUGUUCUUAAUGCGCAAAGAUAAGAAGAAGCUUAGAAGGCUACUUAAAUACAUGUUUUUUCGAGACUACAAGUCUAAAAUUGUCAAAGGAAUAGAAGAAGAUGACCUCCUUGAAGAUAAAUUCAACAGUAAUAACACCAACAAACGGCAGAAGCUUGCUCAAGACUUUCUCAACUCCAUUGACCAGACUGGAGAGCUCUUAGCCAUGUUUGAAGAUGAUGAGAUUGAUGAUGUCAAACAAGAGCGGAUGGAGAGAGCAGAAAGACAAACACGAAUGAUGGACUCGGUCCAGUAUGCAGAAUUCUGUGAAAGUCGGCAACUGAGUUUUUCAAAGAAAGCAUCCAAGUUUCGUGACUGGUUGGACUGUAGCAGUAUGGAAAUAAAGCCAAAUGCAGUUGCAAUGGAGAUUUUGGCAUAUUUAGCAUAUGAGACCGUGGCACAGUUGGUGGACUUGGCCCUUUUGGUUAAGCAGGACAUGGCUCCCAAAGCUGGUGACCCCUUCAGUCAUGCCAUAUCUGCCACCUUCAUACAGUAUCACAACUCUACUGAGCCACAUCUCUUAGGGCAAUCUACGAGUGUGAAGACCAGUCUUGACUCUCCUGAAAACACACCACCUCCUACACCCACCCCCCCAGCAGGACAGCAACAUCUGGGGAAAACCCCAUCAGGAGCCCUGGGGAAUGGUGGAAUUGGACAGGACUCUACCAAAUCCAAACAAAGGAAAAGAAAAAAGAGCACUGCAGCCUGUGGUAUAGAGGCUCAAAGCGAUGCCAUCCAGCCCAGCCACAUCAGAGAGGCCAUUCGACGCUAUGGCCACAAGAUUGGCCCCCUUUCCCCAUUCACAGUACGUAAUAACAGAGUUAUAAAAAGUUAUAUUUAUAAUCUUAAAGAACUUUGA